UGUGACAUUUGCAUUGCGUCCCGCCUACAAGGCGUUGGAGGAGUGUCUGCUGCUCUUCUAAAGUAUUUCACCGGAGAGAACGAGAGAAGGAGGAUGCUCACAGCAUCAUCGAUGGCCCAGACACGGGAGGAACAGACGCUGGGUAUUAGAGCAGUGGUGUGCAACAGCGUGACCCCAUUCACACUUCUUCAUUAGUGGCAACAAAAAGGUAGCCAUGCCCCCACCAGCUGACAUUGUGAAGGUGGCUAUUGAAUGGCCGGGUGCAAAUGCUCAACUUAUAGAGAUGGACCAGAAACGACCUUUGACCUCAAUCAUCCGUGAAGUCUGUGACGGAUGGUCUUUGUCAGGGUCCGAACAGUUUGCUCUGCGCUAUGCUGAUGGUCCCCAGCUUUAUAUCACAGAACAGAGUCGCAGUGAAAUCAAGAACGGGACCAUCCUUCGAUUAGCCAUUUCGCCCGGCCGGGCUGCUCGUCAGCUCCUGGAGCGUAUCCAAUCCCAUGGGAUUGACGCUCGCUUAGAAGCUCUGAAGGAGCUGGCCAAGCUGUCAGCAGACACCACGUUUGCUGCAGAGUUUAUCAAUAUGGAGGGCAUUGGGACGUUGGCCCGCCUCGUCGAGAGUGGCACCCACUUCGGCGAAAUGCUGGCAUUCACCCUCACCGCAUUCCUGGAAUUAAUGGAUCACGGCAUUGUAUCCUGGGAUCUUAUCUCACUCUCCUUCAUCAAGCAGAUUGCAGGCUAUGUGAACCAGCCUAUGGUGGACGUGUCCAUCCUGCAGCGUUCUCUGGCCAUCCUGGAGAGUAUGGUACUCAACAGCCACAGCCUCUACCACCGAGUGGCUCAGGAGAUCACCGUGGGACAGCUCAUCGGGCACCUGCAAGUGUCAAACCAAGAGAUUCAGACUUAUGCAAUUGCCCUCAUCAAUGCUCUUUUCCUGAAAGCACCCGAGGACAGACGGCAGGAGGUGUACACUAACCCACUGGAGCAGCACCUCACUGAAAUGGCCAGCACCUUGGCACAGAAGCACUUGCGCUCCAUUAUUCUGAAUCAUGUCAUAAGAGGAAAUCGACCAAUCAAAGCAGAAAUGGCACAUCAGCUGUAUGUUCUGCAGGUGUUGACCUUUAAUCUUUUGGAGGAACGAAUGAUGACCAAAAUGGAUCCUAAUGACCAGACUCAACGAGAUGUCAUUUUCGAGCUGCGGAGGAUUGCAUUUGAUGGAGAAAAUGACCCCACUGGCACAGAAAAACGAAAGACGUUGUAUGCUAAAGAUUAUAAAAUGCUAGGUUUUACGAACCAUGUGAACCCUGCUAUGGACUUCACACAGACUCCACCCGGGAUGUUAGCUCUGGACAACAUGCUGUACCUGGCCAAGGUCCAUCAGGACACAUACAUCCGUAUUGUCUUGGAAAACAGUAGUCGCGAGGAUAAGCAUGAAUGUCCCUUUGGCCGGUGUGCCAUCGACCUCACUCGAAUACUUUGUGAGAUACUCCAAGUUGGAGAGUUGCCUAAUGAGGGCUGCAAUGACUACCACCCCAUGUUCUUCACUCAUGACCGAGCAUGGGAAGAAUUCUUCUGCAUCUGCAUCCAACUGCUCAAUAAAACCUGGAAGGAGAUGAGGGCCACCUCCGAGGACUUUAAUAAGCAGGUGAUGCAGGUGGUCCGAGAGCAGAUCACCAGAGCUCUGGCCAUGAAGCCCUCGUCUUUGGACCAGCUGAAGAACAAGCUGCGAGGUCUCAACUACUCCGAGAUACUACGACUACGACAGUCCGAGAGAAUGAGCCAGGAUGACUUUCAGUCCCCGCCCAUCAUUGAGCUUCGCGAGAGAAUCCAGCCUGAGAUUCUGGAGCUCAUUAAACAACAACGACUCAAUCGCCUGUGCGAGGGCAGCUGUUUCCGAAAAGUGGGGAACCGCCGAAGGCAAGAGAAAUUUUGGUUCUGCAGACUUUCUCUUAAUCACAAAGUGCUGCACUACGGGGACUUGGAUGAAUCACCUCAGGGUGAAGUGCCUUUUGAGAUGCUUAGUGACAAAAUCCCCGUCUCUGACAUCAAGUCCGUGGUGACUGGGAAGGACUGCCCUCAUAUGAAGGAGAAAAGUGCUCUGAAACAAAACAAGGAGGUGCUGGAGUUGGCUUUCUCGGUCCUUUACGAUCCGGAUGAGACGCUCAACUUUGUUGCGCCCAACAAAUAUGAGUAUUGCAUCUGGACGGACGGCUUGUGUGCGCUGCUGGGCAGAGAGAUGAGCAGUGACCUCACACGCAGUGACCUGGACACGCUUAUCAGCAUGGAGAUGAAGCUCCGCCUCCUGGACCUUGAGAACAUCACAAUCCCAGAAGCUCCACCCCCUGUUCCAAAGGAGCCAAGCUCUUAUAAUUUCACUUACAACUACAGUUGAGCUCCAGCCCACCUCAUCUAACGUGAGCCGAAAUUUGGACACAGAACCUCAAAGUUGUAAGAGCUGUGCCAACCACAAUACUGUAAUAUAGUUGGAGGAAAAUGUUUAAACUUAUUUUAUGUAUGUUUUAAGUAGUAAUGCAUCCAUCAUCAGUCACAAGAAUUUCUUUCAUGUUUAAAAAACUAUGAAUGUAAUAUAUACUGUGCUAUAUAAGGUUUUAUUUUUUACUGUGCUAAUCAGGUUUUAUUAUUAUUCUUUUUUUUCCCCUCCAUAGCUUCGCACUGUACUAAAACUAUGGUUACAAUUGUGGCAAUGACCAGAAUUUUUUUUUUAUAUAUAUAUAUAUGUACGUAUAUAUAUUUUGAGAAUGUCUCUGAAGAAACCAUUGCCAUAUUGAAUGAUUGUAGACGUUUUUGUCAUUUUGGUUAUUGUACCGAAUUAGCACACUUUUUGUUGUUUUAAAACAGUAGCCAUGGUAUCAAGCCUGAAGUGUUAUUGUUUAAAAGUCGUUUUUUCAUCAUGUCAAUGUUGAAUCUAGUACAAAACAUGUCAAUGAUGUCAUUUGCUAAUGCAGAAUAGAAUUAUAUUUUUGUAAAUGAUUGUACACUGUGAGGAGAAUGAUAUUGAAAUAACAUCAUCAUUUUGUAUAAUCCUUUUUUUAGCAUGCAAUUUAUGUUUGAAGUAUUUUUUUGUGCUGCAUUGACUGCAAUGCUACCAAAUCAUGUUUUUAAAGCUCAUAUUGGCUUUUUGUGAACAUUUUUCUUUAGUAUUAGGCACUUUGUCAGACAAUGAUGAUGUUAUAGUAAUGUGUCUUGUAUGGUUAAAGAGUAUUGCAAAUCCCUGUACUAUUGAUGCUAUUUGUGAAAAAAUGUGUCUGUUUUUAACUACUAAUGGAUGUUGUAAUAGUUUCAUAUUUUUUAUGGAAAAGAAGCUGCUAUUACAGAAUUCCAUCUGAAUUUAGCAUACAGCAUUAACUUCAAUGACUGAAGUGCUUUUGCAUUAGAUAUGCUGACAGUAUGAUUUUGCAUCUGGUACUUUUCUCCAUUUGAUUGUAACCGUAUUGAAUGGGAUGUUGUUGAUUUAUAAAUAUAACAGCAAAAAAAAAACUUAGUCUAAAUAUGGUAUACAUUUAUAGUAACUGUGUAUACAGUAUAUAGUGUUGUGUUGACUUAAUUGGACAAAAUGUACUGUAUAAUGUUCGGUGUCAAUAAAUACAAAGUAACCAAAGUA